CGGCUCGGCUCGGCUCGGCUCGGCUCGGGGGUCUCGCUCCCCUUCCCGCGGCAUUCCCGAAUUCCCCGUUUUCCCCCCGCAGGCAGCAGGAUGGCACCGGCGGGGCACCGGCACACCGAGAGCAUGGGCGAGGGCAAAGCCAUCGCCGUCCUCACCUCCGGGGGGGACGCCCAGGGGAUGAACGCAGCCGUGCGGGCCGUGGUGCGCGUGGGCAUCUACACCGGAGCCAGGGUCUUCUUCGUCUACGAGGGCUACCAGGGGCUGGUGGAUGGCGGGGAUCACAUCAAGGAGGCCACGUGGGAGAGCGUGUCGAUGAUGCUGCAGCUGGGCGGGACGGUGAUCGGCAGCGCGCGCUGCCAGGACUUCCGCACGCGCGAGGGGCGGCUGAAGGCGGCGCGGAACCUGGUGAAGCGCGGCAUCACCAACCUGUGCGUCAUCGGCGGCGACGGCAGCCUCACCGGCGCUGACACCUUCAGGGCAGAGUGGAGCGGCCUCCUGGCCGACCUGCUCAAGGGGGGGGCCAUCACGGCGGAGGAGGCGCAGCGCUCGAGCUACCUCAACAUCGUGGGCAUGGUGGGCUCCAUCGACAACGACUUCUGCGGCACCGACAUGACCAUCGGCACCGACUCGGCCCUGCACCGCAUCAUGGAGAUCGUGGACGCCAUCACCACCACGGCACAGAGCCACCAGAGGACCUUCGUGCUGGAAGUGAUGGGGCGGCACUGCGGAUACCUGGCCCUCAUCACCGCCCUGGCCUGUGGGGCAGACUGGGUCUUCAUCCCAGAGUCCCCCCCCGAGGAUGACUGGGAGGAUCAUCUGUGCCGGAGGCUGACGGAGACUCGGGACGGUGGCUCCAGGCUCAACAUCAUCAUCGUGGCCGAGGCCAUCGACAAGCACGGCAGGGCCAUCACCUCGGACGAGAUCAAAGCCCUGGUGGUGAAGCGCCUGGGCUACGACACCCGCGUCACCAUCCUGGGCCACGUGCAGCGCGGCGGGACCCCCUCGGCCUUCGACCGCAUCCUGGGCAGCAGGAUGGGGGUGGAGGCCGUCAUGGCCCUGCUGGAGGCGACCCCCGAGACCCCGGCCUGCGUGGUCAGCCUGUCGGGCAACCAGGCCGUGCGCCUGCCCCUGAUGGAGUGCGUGCAGGUGACCAAGGACGUGACGACGGCGAUGAACGAGGGGCGCUUCGAGGAAGCGCUGAAGCUGCGGGGCCGGAGCUUCCAGAACAACUGGAACGUGUACAAGCUGCUGGCCCACAUCCGCCCCCCGCCCACCAAGAGCGGGUACACCCUGGCAGUGCUCAACGUGGGCGCUCCGGCGGCGGGGAUGAACGCGGCCGUGCGCUCCACCGUCCGCAUCGGCCUCAUCCACGGCCACCGCGUGCUGGCCGUGCACGACGGCUUCGAGGGGCUCGCCCUCGGCAUGGUGGAGGAGAUUGGCUGGAACCGCGUGGGGGGCUGGACGGGCCUGGGGGGCUCCAAACUGGGCACCAAAAGGACUUUGCCCAAGAAAUACUUCGAGGAGAUCAGCGCCAACAUCAGCAAGUUCGGCAUCCACGGGCUCGUCAUCAUCGGCGGCUUCGAGGCGUUCAUGGGCAGCCUGGAGCUGGUGGAGGGCCGGGCGCGGUUCGAGGAGCUUUGCAUCCCCCUCUGCAUCAUCCCGGCCACCGUGUCCAACAACGUGCCCGGCUCCGACUUCAGCAUCGGCGCCGACACCGCCCUCAACACCAUCACCAACACGUGUGACCUCAUCAAGCAGUCCGCGGCGGGCACCAAGCGCCGCGUGUUCAUCAUCGAGACCAUGGGGGGUUUCUGUGGUUACCUGGCCACGCUGGCGGGGCUGGCGGCCGGCGCCGACGCCGCCUACAUCUACGAGGAGCCCUUCAGCAUCCGAGACCUGCAGGGGAACGUGGAGCACCUGACGGAGAAGAUGAAGACGACGGUGAAGAGGGGGCUGGUGUUGAGGAACGAGCGCUGCAACGACAACUACACCACGGACUUCAUCUACAACCUCUACUCCGAGGAGGGCAAGGGGGUCUUCGACUGCAGGAAGAACGUGCUGGGGCACAUGCAGCAGGGGGGGAGCCCCACGCCCUUCGACAGGAACUUCGGCACCAAGAUGGGCGCCAAGGCCGUGGCCUGGAUCACCGGCAAGAUCAAGGAGUGCUCCCGCCACGGUCGGAUCUUCGCCAACACGGCCGACUCCGCCUGCCUGCUGGGGAUGCGCAAGCGCAGCCUCGUCUUCCAGCCCGUCACCCAGCUCAAGGACGAGACCGACUUCGAGCACCGCCUGCCCAGGGAGCAGUGGUGGCUGAAGCUGCGGCCCAUCCUCAAGAUCCUGGCCAAGUACCACACGGAGCUGGACACCUCGGAGACCGCCCACCUGGAGCACCUCACCCGCAAGAUCGCCGCGCCUGAGGCCGGCCCGUGAGCCUGGGCCGCCCCUGGGAGCCUCUGGAACCUUCAGGAACCCUCUGGAACCCUCAGAGAACCUUCUGAAGCCCUCAGGA